AUGCCAGACAAACUUGCCCAACCCAUGGGCUACGAUAGGCCACAGGCACUCGAAUUCAACAUUUCGGAGCUGGUCCUUGAAAGAGCUCCGCCACCAGACCAGCCGAGAGGAGUUGCGGCUGCAGAACCAGCUCAAGACGUUCUUGACUACAUCGAAACCGACAAUGAAUACGCCCCAGUCGACUAUAUGAUAGCCACUAGCAAAGAGCUCGAUCUUUCUGUUGCUAUUAGUUAUCAGGAGACACUCGGGCUUGUUCUUGAGAGUACUCCGAAUAUAGUCCACCAGAUUCAGGUCUUUCCAUAA